AUGGGCCAUGAUAAUGGAGACUCUUCCACCUUGCUGGAAAGACUGCGAUCCUCCAAGACACUACCACCUUCACAACCACAACCACCGGCUGCUGAUGUCAACGACGAGCCUAUGGCCACCAGCGACGGCAAUCCCCCAAUGGUGGCAGCUCGUCUGAUCGGACCUGGAGCAUUCAAGAUCGAAGACAGUCUACAACCCCUCCACCAUGAUACCCCAAACCCUGCAUUCUCUAUCGAAAAAGUCCACAGCGCUGCAGCCUCCGUCGUUGAUCCAGUACCACCGCCUCCAUCACCGCCACUCUCCAACUUUUACAACCAGACCUAUGUCGACGGAUCUUGGGGUGCCGGCGCGUUUGUCCGGGACCGGAUCCAAGUCGACACAACCCCACCGGGCGUGGUCUUUAACCCUUACCACCACAUGAACGACGACGGUUCCUUUGAAUCCUCCUCAACUGGCGAUGUCGCCACCGUCACUUUCCUAAAUGUCGUCCAGGACAACCUGGGACUUGUCAAGGGCUACGACGGGCAGAUCUCGGGUCUUUUGGGUCUUACACGCGCCUCCCCCACCGGUCGGAAGACCUUUUUGCAGGAAUUGGUUGAUCAAGGGUCGCUUGCUCAACCGGUGGUUUCGAUGCAUUUGGACGCCGAGGGGGGCAGUUUCUUGUUGGGCGGGAUUGAUUCUUCACAGUACUCUGGGCAAUUGGUCUACAGCCCUGUCACCGACCCGGUCACCUGGCAGAUGUCCCUCCAGGGUCUGGGGGUCCGGUAUAGGGACGGGCAUUACAGCGCCAUCUCACAGCCUUCAGUCCCCAUCAUCAACUCUGCAGGAACCAACAAUCCUUCAGGACCAUCAAUCACUCCCCUACCUCCGUCCGACACCAACCCAACCUCCACCGCCGGGAUAUACAAAGUCCUCCCACAACUCAACAUCUUCCAAGACGCACCCCUGAUUCUCGACAGCGGAACCUCGUCCAUCCUCAUCCCCUCCGACGCUUCACAAGCAAUCCACAGCGAGCUCUCAGGGACAUGGGACCCAACCCACCGAGCCUGGUUCCUCCCCUGUCAAGGACCCGAUCUGAUCUGGUGGGUCUCGUCUGGUCAACAUGGUAUCAUCCAGCCAUAUGAGUCUCUCAUCUACCCCCUGGAGGAUGGUCGGUGUCAGAGUCUGAUCUUUGAGAACCCGGACGCCAACUAUUGGAUUCUGGGGGAUACUUGGCUGCGAGGGUUGUAUGUGGUGUAUGAUAUGGAGGGUGCUGGACAGAUCGGGAUCGCCACUGCUAAGAGUGCCAACGCGACUGGUAGUGUGGGUGAUAGUGCAUCUUAA